CCUGUGUAUUGUUCUUGCUUCUCCAGCGAGCUGUAGAAGAAUCAUGAGUUACAACACUGUCCAGUCGCCUCAUGGGGUUUACAGAACUUGUAGGGAAUAUUUGGGUUAUCCCAUGUACAGAAGUCACACAACUUUAUCAGAAGCAAAAACAAACCCAUGUAUCUCUCAUAAUGUACCGUACUACAGAGUACACCAAUUUAAUGGAGGUUCUGGAGGCUUAGAUAUCAGACACUCAUCUUCUGGACAGAAAAACGCCAUUCGAAAUGCGUAUGGAUUUAAAAGAAAUCACAACAUAAGAAGAUCUGCAAGCCAAACUAGCUGGACCAAUGGCAAUCUGUUCAACUUUGAUGAAAAGAAAACCAUGCAGUCACUAAAUGGCCGCCUGGCAUCGUACUUGGAGAAUGUGAAACAACUGGAAGAGGAAAAUGUGAUGCUAGAGAAGAAGAUCUGUGAAUGGUAUGACAAAAAUAAUAACAAGGUCCACCCUGACUUCAGUCCAUUCCUCCAAUUGAUUUCUGAUCUUCAGGACCAGGUACUGCUGGUUACAGAAAAUAUAGCCAGCCGUGAAAAAGAGAUCAGCAAUAGCCACAUUGUGGCUGAUGAACUUAGAAAGAAGCAAACAAUGGAAUUUCAGAUGAGGACAAUUGUUGAAAAGGAUCUAAAUGAACACAUUGGCAUACUUGAAACCAUUAACAUGGAAAGACAGAAUCUCAGCUCACAUAUUAAAUACCUUGAGGAGGAGAUGCAACAACUAAAGAAAACCAGUGAAGAGGAGAUAGCGAGCCUUCAAGUCCAGUUGGGAACCAAAGUCAACGUUGAAGUUGAGAUGGCUCCUUCUAUAGAUCUGAAUAAAGCCUUAUCUGAUAUUCGGAAGGAAUACGAAAGCCUCAUGGAGAGAAAUCUCAGUGAUAUUGAAAGCAGGUUCAAUGAGAUGAUCUCUGAAUUGAAUAAUCAGAUGUCCAGUGGUAUUGAACAACUGCAGCGGUUUAGUAAUGAGACCAUUGACCUAAAAUUGCAGAAGAAAACUUGGGAGGCAGAACUGAGCACACAAAUGGCCAUGGCAUCAGUUUACAAUUCCAAUUUGAUGGAGAUUAAUGGAGAUUAUAGUUUCCAACUCAGACAACUGCAAGAUAUGAUUGAGAUUGUUGAACAUCAGGUGGAAGAAAUCCAAUCUAAUUUUAAUCAAUUAACUGAUGAGUAUGGAAUCCAUGAACAUACGAAGAACUACCUUGAGAAUGAAAUAGCCAAAUUCAAGGAGCUUCUUGAUGGACAGACCACUGAGCAUUCUUUAUGGUCUACUGGAGAAGGUGGUCACUAGAUCUGAUGUCCAGAAGGUACAACCGUUGGACUUCCACACCUCACAUCUAAGAUUUGUUCUUCCGAUCCUCACUUGUCUUUCCUAAAUAAAUAUAGGGGUUCAGAAAGUGAUCUAUAUAGUUGAAGAAACAGGUUUCAUUCAUGGGUACGUGAGUGAAAACUUUGUUCCACAACUCAGCCUCUGGUCACUUAGAUUAUUUAUGGUGAACAUACAAGACUACUUUACAAAAUGUUCUCUUGAAGAAUAUACACUUCCUCUGUUAUACAGUAUAACCUCUGGAAUUCCGUUGACGGAUGUCAACCUUAGGCAGUGGAUGGCCCUGAAAAUUCCUUCUGGUGAAAUGGACUCAAACAGAUGGCAAUGGAUGUCAAUCUGAACAUGUGAAAGACUUUUGAUUAGAUUUUGUUGAAAAGAAAGUCUGACUGGCUACCACACCUAUAAAGAAUUUUCUGCCACUCAAAUGGAAGUUAACAAAUGCUGUGUGAAACAAUUUAACUGUAAACCUCUGGUAUCUCUGACUAAGGCAGGACAAGUUCUCUUGUUGAUGAAGCACCCCUUGUACACUAGCCGUGGUGUGCUACAGGAUCUAAAUGUGUACAUAAGAUUUUCAUGUGUAUGUAUACAUUAGUUUAUGACGGAUCGGAUUGUAUAUACUGUAUACUGUAUAUAAUUCCAGACUGUAAUGUGUAUAUAUGUUUGCAGAAAGUGAUUCCAGUAGUGUUAUUAUAAAUUAUAUAAUUAUUAUAGUGAUUUUAUUUAUUUUUUACUUUAUGAAUUUGCCAAACAAUGACCUAUUCCAAUACUGAAAAGGGCUGAAAAAUCACCCUUGUCAACUAUAGCACACCAUUCUAUGUUUAUUUAUAUUAUAUUUUCAGACUUUUGUUAGACCAUAUGACACUAGUUUGCAUAUACUGGCUCCAAUGCCAAUCCCAGAUAUGGAUUGUGUAGGCUGCAAUAAUUUAUACUGCUCAGAUUCAGGUUCAAUAGCCCAGAAGAACCCACAAAAAUGCUCUCAAGCCUACUGACAGUGGGCACAGUUUGCAUUAGUUAGGAUGGAAAAGCUCUAGUUUACCACAUAGAGGGGGAUUUUUAAGCAAGCUUUGACCUGUUCCCUACUAAUGACUUACAGUACAUAAGCUGUCCGGUUCCCACCACCCCUUCUCUUUGCCUUCCAUUAUUAUUUAACCUUGAUCAGAAUGGUUGAAUCUAUUCACAAGGAGUGUGGACAUUCUAUUAUACCUAGACCAGGGGUCUCAAACUUUCUAAACAAAGGGCCAGUUUACUGUCUGUUAGACUUUAGGUGGGCUGGACUGUGACCAAUGGGAGUAGAAAUUGUCCUGGCAUCAGUGAUAGUAAACAAUGCUUCAUCUUUGGCAUUGGGGAAAGAAAAGUGCCCCCUCGCCAGGGGCGGUGCUAGACUUGUUUUUUCACCCUAGGCAAGUCCAGCUACUUGCAUCCCUCCCAGAAAAAGAAAACUUCAAAAUGUGAAACUUUGAAUUUGAGUAAAGAGCAGAAGUUGCUCUAUAAAUGUGAAGACAAAAGGUUAAAAAUAGAAGUGCCUCUAAGGCCGGGU